CUUUUAGCUUUACAAAUUACCAACAUUUAAUUCCCAAAUACUCGGAUUUAUUACUGCUACUCAUGCAACAAAAUCAAAUAUAAGACAUAAACAUUCAGCUUCGCAUCCAAAUGAUGUGAUUAUAGAUUAUCAUACUGAUAUCAAUUGAUUACCGGUUGCGAGAAGAAAGUGGAGAGGAUAGAAAUAUAUUUUCAAAUCUAAUAACACAAAAAUGUAUGAAACAUUAAAUGAAGUCUUAAAAAUUCAUUGAGAACAAGAGAAAUAAAUUUAUGCAUGGCAUAUCAAUAUAAGGAAUCCCAUGUGAACUACAAUCAUCAUAACUUUUCUUAUUGAAGAAGGAAAAGAAGAGAGAAAAAAAUCAAUCAUUCCGAGAGAAUCCUUGCAGGAACAAAAAGAGACAUUUGUCUAGAAAAACUCUUUUAAUUUUAAUUUAAACGCAGUCGAUAACUUUUAAUUUUCAUGCACAUUUUCUACACAACAUGACAACAAUGUUUCUAUCGAAACGAAUUAAUACAAACAGCAGGAAUUGUGGAUUGCAAUUUAUCUGCCUAUUGUUAUUGAGAUUGUUCAUUCUAUUGCCAUUAACAACGGCAAAAUUUCACAAUAGUGCAAAUAGUCAGGAAAGACAAUUCCAACGAUUUGCUAUGGAACCACAAGAUCAAACAGCUAUUGUUGGCUCUCGUGUUACACUGCCAUGUCGUGUUAUCGAUAAGACAGGUCUCAUUCAAUGGACAAAGGAUGAUUUUGGAUUGGGCGUUCAUAGAAAUCUCAGUGGAUAUGAACGCUAUUCAAUGGUCGGAAGUGACGAGGAAGGUGACUUUUCACUUGACAUUUUUCCAGCUAUGCUUGAUGAUGAUGCAGGAUAUCAGUGUCAAGUUAGUGCAGGUGCAAAUGGAGCACCAGCAAUUCGUUCAAGAAGCGCACAAAUCACUGUGUUAGUGCCACCAGAGCACCCAAAAAUUGUUAAAGGGAAUUCAAGCAUAGAAGAAAUUGUUACGACUGAAGACCGAGAAAUCGAAUUGGAGUGUGUAUCAUUGGGUGGAAAGCCAGCUGCUGAGAUAACAUGGAUAGAUGGAAUGGGAAAUGUACUAACAUCUGGUGUUGAAUAUAUGAAAAAUUUAAUGCCAGAUAACAAGCGAUAUGAAGCACGAUCAAUACUAAAAUUAAUUCCCAAACGAUCUCAUCAUAACACGACAAUCAUAUGUCAGGCAUUAAACUCCGCGGACCGACAAGAGAAGACAGCAAAAUUAAAAUUGACUGUGAAAUAUGCACCAAAAGUGACUGUGUCAGUAAUAAGUGGUGCAUUAGCUAAUGAAAAAAUUCCCGAAGGAGUCGAAGUGCGACUCGCUUGUCAUGCGGAAGCAAAUCCAAAUGAUCUCAAAUACAGAUGGUACAUUAAUGGUGAGCCAGCCAUUGGAGAUUAUACAACUGAAAUGAUAAUUCACAAUAUAUCACGAAAAUAUCAUAAUUCAAUUAUUAAAUGUGAAGUUGAAAAUGCAGUUGGAAAAAGUGAAUCAAGUCAAUUUUUAGAAAUUCGUUAUGGACCUGCCUUUAAACGUCCAUUAAAAUCUGUUGAAGCCGAUGAAGGUGAUACAGUUACGCUAACUUGUGAUGUUGAUGGAAAUCCUACGCCUGAUAUUGAAUGGAUCUCUGAUGCCACCGGAAAGACGGUCGGAACAAGUGCAAAUCUAACAUUAACCGUAAAGAAUGAUCAGGCUGGAAGUUAUACAUGUCGGGCGAGUGUCAUGGGAAUUUUUAUAGAAGCUUCUGCCUCAAUCUAUCUUAAAGGUCCACCAUCAAUCACCUCGUCGAAAAAGCAAUUUGGCGUACCAGGCGAAACCGUACAAAUUGAAUGUGUUGCCUUUUCUACCCCAAAGGUAACACACAUAUUAUGGUCAUAUAAUGGCAAAGAAAUCAAUAGUAGUCAGAAUGAUGACUAUACGAUUAUUGAGGACGCCACUACAUAUGGAAUGAAAUCGACUCUGGUGAUACAUAAGAGCGAUGCAAGGCAUUUUGGACGUUAUAAUUGCUCUGUGACAAACGAUUAUGGCCACGACUAUGUGGAUAUUGUACUAGCUGGUUUACAUGACUCCCAAGUCACUUAUGUUUUCAUUGUUCUGGCAAUCAUUCUGUUUAUUGUUAUGGUGGCAAUGAUUUCGGUGAUUUGCAUCAAGAGUGGCAAAAGGAAAUUGCCCCCAGCUGAUAUGAUAUCAGAGCAUCAUAUCACGGAGAAAAGCUUUAAAGAUAGCGAUAGAUAUUCAAAUACAAGUGAACUCAAAGACCCCGAUCGAGAUUAUUCUGAAUAUUCCGGUACAGAGAGCACUGCAACUCGUACAGCAAUUAAUAUAUUAGGCAAUGGACAUACUGGGAAUGGUGGUAUGCCACUUGCCGGACCAGUUAAAUUGCCAAAUGAUCAGCAACGCUAUUCAGGCGACUAUAGUGAUUUACAUAUGGCAACGAAAGUCGGUCUUACCAAUAAUGGAUACAUUCCUUAUAAUGAUUAUACUCGCGACUAUAGUCCGCCAAAUAGUAUGCGUUCAAAUAUUCCUCCGAAUUUAAAGAAUCAUUUAAUUUCAUCUUCCGGACACAGUCCAUUAAUUAAUUCAACGCAAAAUGUCACGGGGAAUGGUGGUAUUGAUAGUUAUACGUUAGGACGUAAUCGUGAACUACGUCAGGAUAAUGGUCUACCCACUAUACCAUUGAAUACAAUGCCUAAUGGAUUAAUAAAUCAAUCUCUAUUGAAUAAUGUAGAUAUACGCUAUAGUGCUACAUAUGGUAAUCCAUAUCUUAAAAAUUCGAGCAUAUCACCACUUCCACCUCCAAUUACACAUCAUAAGCCGUAUACGGCAAAUCCAUCAGUCACACCAGCACCACCUCCAUAUAAUCGAAGUAAUAAUAGUAACAGCAGUUUCUCAUCAUCGACUACAAUAUCAAAUAGUGGUAGUUUAUUGGGUGGCGCUAAUAAUCAUAACAAUAAUAAUAACAUUAGUAACAGUAAUCAUAAUAAUAGUGUAGGACUAAGCUAUCCAAAUAGCAGUUGUGUAUCGACUGGAACAACAGUUACGUCAUCAACUGCGGCAAGUGCUCAGAUAACAAGUCCUUCACGUCAAUUCAUUCUUCCAACAAAUGGAGAUUUAAAGAAAGGUUCGUUAGCCACUCACGUUUAACAUUAAAUACUUUUAGCAUAAUGAAAAAUUUAUCAUAAGCAUUCGAAUUCUAAUCUUCUCUUUUUUUUGGUCCGUUUUGUAAAUAUACAUCUCAUCUCAAGAGAAUAUAGAAAAAAAAUUAUGUUUUUCUCUUCCGAUUAAGCCUGAUUAUGUUUGUUAAAUGUAAAAU